AUGGAAGAUACCGGAAAAGUACAGAAUCAUUCCAGCCCCGAGGACACAUCUGCAUCUGAUGAAUCUUCAAAGAAUUCAAAAGUGAAUGAAGAGGCAAAACAGAUGGCGCGAUCAAAAAAGGCGAGAGCCAUCCGAAAAGCGUGUGCGGCGCGCGAUGUGGAAGCCUUAGCUGUGCACGCAACUUCAGAAGGCGGGUUACUUGAAGAUGACUUGAGACAGAUAGCCUGGCCUAUUUUGUUACGUUGUGACGAGCAAAUACGACAAUUUAACACAUUGGUCCCAAGUUCUGCACUUUCCCGGCAUCCCGAUGAGGAACAGGUAAAACUCGACGUCAACCGGUCUUUUGUCUACUACCCAAAAGCUCCCGAGGAGGAAAUGUUGAAAAAGAAACAGCAGCUAUCCAACCUGAUCACUCAGGUACUAAGGGAAUAUCCCAUGCUUUGUUAUUUCCAAGGGUAUCACGACAUAGUUCAAGUUCUUCUUCUGGUACUGGGCGAGAAGCAAGCCGUACCAGCAGUGGCACAGAUAUCUCUUUUCCGCAUACGUGACUACAUGCUUCCAUCACUAUCUCCAGCGGUGAAACACCUUCAUCUCAUCCCUGCAAUUAUCGAAACGACAGACCCCGAGCUAAGACGACACCUUGGCAACAUUGAACCAUUCUUCGCUCUCGCAGCUACACUGACACUAUACUCCCAUGACAUUCAAGAGUAUAGCAACAUUUCACGACUUUUCGACUUUCUGUUAGCUCGGGAACCCGUUGUUGCAAUCUACCUCUUCGCAUCAAUGAUCCUGUCUAGGAAAAAGGAGUUGCUGGAAAUUCCACCGGAUGAGCCCGAGAUGCUUCAUUUUACGCUUUCUAAGCUGCCAUGCCCACUUGACCUGGAUGGACACAUUCUGCAUGCGGCACGGCUCUUUGAGGACCACCCGCCAGAAUCUUUGCCGCUUGGAGCCUGGAAACGUAUUCCAUGGUGUAGCGUGCUGAAAACUUCACGAGACCCACAUGGCAAGUACACCACAGAAGACGCGAUGUGCUUGUUUGAAAAGCAAUCCCAACAGAUUCGGACCGAAGAGCGCAGGAAACGAGCUCUGGAUUUCUUGUGGAGCCACCGUCGCUCCGUGGGCUCUGUGGCGUUGGCUAUCUUGGUUGGAGCUGCAUCUUUCUAUAUCCGCAAAAAGGGACUCGACACUUCGGUUUGGUCUUACGUUAGCCGAAUUCAAAAGGUAAUCCAAAACUGGAUUUAA